AUGGCAGCUUUGCUGGAUGGCACUUGUUGUGCUGUCGUGUCGGCCAAGCUGACUCCUACAGAAAUCCUGGACUCUGUCGACAAGUACAAGGUUGUGGAUGUGCACACACGCCAAAAACUAAGUGCCCACCAGACAGGUGAGAUCUGCUACCGCGCGCUGUCUAUGGUGAGGGGCUAUUACAAACGACCAAAGGAAACUGCCGAGCUUUUCGACGAAGAAGGAUGGUGUUUGUCAGGUGACGCAGGUUACUACGAUGAUGACGGCCGCCUGUACAUCCUCGACCGCCUGAAACAGAUGAUCAAGUGCAUGGGUAAUCAGGUCGUCCCCGCAGAGUUGGAAGAGUUGCUGCUCCGACAGCAUGCGGACGAGAUCGCCGAGGUUUCUGUGGUCGGCCUUCCGCACUCCGACUACGGCGAGGCAGCUGCGGCCGCCAUCGUACUAACGGAAAAAGGCCGCAUGCAGGACCUACCGACUCUCGCCGAGAGGAUAAAGGUCACGGUUGCCAGUAACCUUGCUGUGCACAAGCAUCUGCAUGGGGGUGUUUAUUUUGUAGACUCUUUCCCGAAGACGGAGACAGCAAAAGCCGACAAACCAGCACUGGCUCGCUCUCUUCUAGGAGUUUAG